AUGAAGCUCGGCAGGAUGACGAUAUUGAGAUGUUUUUCUUGUGAGAAGGUUUUGCACUUUGAGUUCUUCGCUGCGAAGUUUAAAUGCUCAUGA